UUCGACUACGAUACCACCUCGAUUUCUUCGUACUUUGACAACGAAACGUUCGAAAAAGUCCGAUUUACAGUCGCGAAUCACCGAACGAAAUAAACGAGGUGGCAAUUUAAUCGAUUCGCUUUUUCGCUUCGGCACGGUGUCGGAGGUCUGAAUCGUUUAACCGAAAAUCUUGGCACGGUAGCGAUCGGAAGAAGGGAUAAAUCAUCCCCGAAAACUGUUGAUUCGAGAUGGUUAUCGAAAGGACCUCGAAUCGCUCGUGAAACACGCGAGGUGCGUUCACCUUUCUACGGUGCAUGUACGCGUAUAUAAAGGCACGAUUCACUUUCGUUCUCGUUUCAGUCGUGUGCCGGUGAUAUUCGCGAGACCUUUAUCGCCCGCGAGAUUCGUUUGGCCGAGCAACAUGAGGUUUCUCUUCUUGCUUAGUUGUCUCGCCGUUGUAGUCGUCAACUCGCAAAACGACCAGUGGGUUUGGAAUAAAGACGACCAACUACGGGACAGGUCGGAUAAAACAAAGUACCUGGUGAACGAGAACCAAGAAGAUUUCGAGCAAGAGAGACCUUUGAUAGGAUUUAGACCACAGAACGGGGGACCUUACGGUCCUAACGGUAGACCCAUUGUACCAACAUCGUAUCCUGGCAACAAAGGAGUUCUUGUCGGUCCUGGUGGCCCGACCGGUAUUAUAAAAAGACCCUCUUACGACGGAAGCAUAGACGAGGAAGCUGGAUACUCCGGAUUGCUGGCGUCCGCGAUCAAAGACAAUCCUCGAUACCAAGAGUACGAUGUUUGUAGAUGCAGAUACAGCUUCAAUUGUCCCUCGGGCGGAUUGAAAUUCGGAAGUUGCGGAAAGGAUAAAAAGUUCUGCUGCUUCAACAGCAAGAAAUACCCUGCUUUGGUUUCUGAACAACUCGGAGAAGGACAAUAUCCCCCGUACAGAGGACCUCCUCGUAAGUACGGGCCAUCAACGUUCGCGCAAUCGCCAAACUAUUACGGCAAUCGAAGACCGCAAGGGAGCUUCUAUCCUGGCAAUAGAUAUCCUGGAAAUUACCAUUCCUCCGGGGAGAAUCCUUUUCCAAGGCCCCAUGGCAACCCCUACGAGGAGAAUUACGACUACGACAUCGACCUUUACAGUCGUUCGUUAAAGAGAAAUCAGACCGACAACGAAUCGAGUAGCAGCGAAAAAGCUUAGGCACGAUUUACAACGACGCGUCAACGGAACGUUUCUUAUUAGACCGUAUUCGUGACUCUUCUCUCGUACAUCGUUCGAGCAAUGUUCAAUCUCUUGAUUCGAUUUUCAUGAAUUACACGCACCGGAGGGAAUUAAUUCGAAGAGUGAAAAAGAAGUUUUCGCCUCAUAUUAUAGAUUUUUUAAUGUUCGAAUAGGAAAAAUUGUUUCGUGCAUGCGUUUGUUAGGUAUAUUAGGUGCGUACAAUUUUCUACCUAAAUUAUCCGCGAUGCGUUUGUGCAAAGUGUCUUAUUUACCGUUCGACUGGCUAUACUUUAAGAAAAAAUAACGGACCAAAGACGAAUAAUGAAACAUCGAUUAAAAAUUUGUACGGAUUCGAAUGAAAAAUAAAACGGAGAUAUCUCGUAAUAGCGUAUAGCGUGAAUUUUUCGUCCAACGACUUACCGAUGGUCGUAAUAACUACGAUGGAAUAAAAUAGAGCACCGGCAAAAGUCCACUGAAUAUCGUCCUCUCCUUCGCUGCCGUUCCAGCCCUC